CAGUUUGCAUAACUGUGUCAUAUAGACUCAGAGGUAAUCAUUAACUAGUCACUUAGACACUUGACAAAAAAUACGUAUGCACUGCGCCAUUGCGUUUUAGCGCUACCAAAACGACCACGCCCACGUCUCGCACAAUCGCGGCACACCCACUGGCAGCAUGAUACGUAAGUCGAGUCGCAGCAGCAAGCCCCGAGACGACAGCAGUCACACAGUCUGUGGGGUAUAGCGUGACUGCAUAGGACCCCAGGAUGAAGAGAAGAUGAACGUCGGGCAUAGCGAAAAUCUCUAGAACGGUAGAUGCUCACACACUCUCCCACUACUCGGCAUUCUUCUACCACUUGAACCCCUCAGGACACCCACUUACAGGUGGUCGAGGAAGGGACUUCUUCCUUGGCUCCGGCCUCCCUCCCUCCGUACUCUCCCGGAUAUGGCGGCUGGCCGACAGAGAUAUGGACGGGGGACUCAACGCCGCAGAGUUCUCUGUCGCAAUGUGUCUCGUCCACCGUGCCCUGAACGGUGUGGCCCCGCCCCCUCUCCUCCCUCCACCCCUCGCCGAGAGCAUCGAGACACUGCUGAGUGGAACGCUGCCGCCAAUGGAUGAUAGACAUGUGCUCAAAUGUCAGACUGCAUUUGCAGCUUUCAAGGCCUGUAUAGUUACUGGCAGACUAGGAUGUAAGUUGGAGCCUGGAAAUCAGAGAGAGGGGGCGGGGGUUAAGCUAGAGAUAAUAUUAUGCAGUGGAUAUAUAGUAAAAAUUAGCCUACUUCUAGUUCAUCACUCGUGCAUAGAAAGUUCCAUGCCAAAAUAUAUCUAGCAUACUUUUAAAAAAGAUUAAGCCGGAAACUUUUAAUCAUUGGUUAUUUUGGCUAGCAGUAUAGGAAUUCUCAGAAAAGUUCAUCUCUCUCUCUCUCUCCUCUCUCUCUCUCCUCUCUCUCUCUCCUCUCUCUCUCUCUGCAGUGGAGGCUACAAAGUAUCUGUUUUCAAAGACGAAUCUCUCAGCGGGACAGCUCUUCCAAAUUUGGCGGCUCUCGGACCGGGAUGGAGACGGCCAACUGGUAUUCCUGGAGUUUGUGUUGGCCAUGCACCUCGUGUUCCUGGCCAAACUUAGCCACGUUCUCCCGCUAACCCUCGACCCCUCCUCCCUUCUACAUCCACUGUACUACAAGAUUGUGGCUGAAGCCAGAGAAAUGAUGGACGAGACUCCACCCACUCCGAAGCCUGUCUCUGUGACCUCUGACCUCUUUCCUCCGCCAACUGUCCCCCUGGAAGAUGGUCCUGAGGGGUGUAGUCUCUCUCGCCCUUUCACUGAUGAGAUCCUUCAUUCCCUCACUCCUGAAAAUGACUCUCUCUCGCUACAAGAACCCGAUCCCUUCUCCUCGCUGCUCCCGCCGCCAAAUGAUGUGGGUGGGGCCCAACUGAGUGGGAGGAGCUUGGUUACCAAUGGCAACGGGGAGGGUGUUGCUAUGACGACGAUGGAAAGGGUUCACGAGGUCGCGAUUUUGGAAGAGGAGGGGGAGGGAAGAGGGACGGUACUGGAGACUGCUCAUUUCACGUCAGUCCUCUCACCUCCUAACCACCACCUUAUGAUGGCUGAGCAGGUUGUGAUAGCUCCUAAUGGAGAGCUCGCAAGCCAAGAAGAUGGAGAGGAAGGAGGAGAGGAGGAAGAGUGGGCGGAUGAGGUUGUGGAGGAGCAGCUAAUUGUUGAGAGUGAGGAGGAAGAGGAGAGGGAGGGGGAAGAGGAGAGGGAGGGGGUGGAGGAGGAGACAGAAACAGAGGAACAGGUCCAGGCUGAACUAGAAUCUCUAUCUCUUCAAUCCAGACAGUUUCUGAAGGAAUCCCGGGAUCGUCUGUGUGAGCAGCAGCGCCGGAACCUGGAGUCUCAGUUCCCAAACGAGAGUAGCGGGAUGGACGAGUAUCAGAGAGCAAGCGUGAAGGGUCUGCGUGAGACCAUAGCAGAUAUGGAGGGGGCAGAGAUGAAAGAGAAUGGUGACGAUGAAGAAGAAGAGGAGGAGGAGGAAUGGGUUGAUGAGGUGGUAGGGGAAGGAGAGGAGGGAGAGGAGGGAGAGAAGGGAGGGGAGGGAGGGGAGGGAGAGGAGGGAGAGGAGGGAGGGGAGGGAAGAGCGGAGGGAGGGGCAGAGCUGUUGUUAGCAAAAUUUGAUGACAUUGAGGCUGAAAUAGAGAGUGUGUUAGAGUUGGUUCAGUCAGAGGAAGAGGAGGAGGAGAGAAAGGACGACGACAAGGAGAAGGAGACAAUGGAGAGAGGGGUAGAGAGGAUGGGUGGAGCUGCUCACAGAGAAAGUGUCACUUUCCCUCGAACAAGGAUAUCUUUACCUCAAGAGAGUGUUGAAGUGGUGAAAAGAGAGCAGUUGUCUCCCUCCUCUUGGAGAGUGGUCGAGGAACGUGCUUCCCCGCCUCCACCAUUGAGGAAAGAACACAGGUCGGAGCAGGAGCUAGAGGGCGUCAGGAUGGACCUAGACUCGUACCUGCAGAGCGAGAUGGAGGACCUCAACGACAUGUUUCAGGAGUUUGAGACGCAGGACCAGAGAAAGAAAAUCAGAGACAGAGACGAAGAGGAGAAGAUCAUGACCAAGGAAGUGGCGGAGGUGGUGGACGAGGGUCCAAAGGUCGGAGGAAUGGAGGAAGUAGUGGAGAGAAGACAACGAGAGGGAGAGGAGAAAGAGCGACUGUACCAAGAGGAGAUGGACCGUCUCGAAAGAGAGCGACUGAGAGCUCUGGAGGAGGAAUCACUGGAGAGGAAGAGAACCAUUGAUUCAGACCAGACCAUACAGAACCUGGACCAGGAGCUCCAGAACCUGUUGUCAAAGGAUGAGGAGCAGGUGAGAGAGGCCCAGAGAGAGAAGGGGGCGAGGGAGAAGAGAGAGGAAGAGGAGCGGCUGCUGAGAGAGGAGCAGAGGAGAGAGAAGGCAACAGAACAAGAUAUGACAGUAGAGGAAUGGAUUGUGUGGAUGGAGGAGAAGAAGACACAAGGAAUGACGACCGGACAGCAGAUGGAGUACGAGAAGAGAAAGAGGGUGUGGCUGGAGAGGGAGAAGGAGAGGGAGGAGAAGAGGAGGAGGGAGGAGGAAGAACAGAUCAGGAAGACCAGAGAGAGAAUGGCCAGAGAUUACCAGUUAGUUCAACCUCAGUGAAUAAUGUCCAUAGGAAUUCUAUGGGGUGCAAAACUGAGAAUCUGAUCAAAACCAGCCACUUGUUCAGUUUGCAUCCCACAGUGAAAACCUUUUGCUAGUCCAAAUUUCCAGCUACUUGUCUCCUCCCUGGGGGGUGUGGUCUGCAGGGAAUUCCAGGAGCGGGACCAGGAGAUGAAGGCCAACCGACUAGACCCGGAGAAGCUUCAGCAGCUCCAGGAAGAGACUGCGAGGAAGAGGGGAGAGGAGAGGAGGGAUAGAGAGAGCAAGACACACAGGAAGGAGGAGAACCGCUCUUCCAGGAACCUCGAGGAGGUCGAGUUGAAGCCGAAGGUGCAGAAGUCGGCUCUGGCUGCCCGAUGGGAGGAGCAAGUCCGCUCACAACACAAUGGAAAAUAGCAGUAGGAUUAGCAUUACAAAUCACUCGCACCUUAUCCUCCCUGCUGGACUCUCACAUCAGAAUAUAUUGUUGUCCACACAUAGUUGUUUACUUCUCAGACAGGGCUGCAUGCUAUAUUCUAAAUUUUGAUCAUUAUUUUUGCCAGUUUAUGUGAAAGCAUUAUUUGUUGGAAUUAACACACGCAGUUUGUGCAGCAUGCGCAAUAAAUUUUAUAUCACUCAAGAAGUUA